AUGCGACGCUUCACUUCCUUAAUUGGGAAGCUUCCAAGCUCGUACUCGUACACGUGGCCCCUGCAGCUGCGGUGGAUUUCGGGUACAUGGCAGGUGAGCUCUCACGGACGGGUUCAAAACUCCAAGGGUUGGAUUAGUUCCGGUUCCUUGAAGUGCUCUGGGUAUUGUUGCGUGCGCAUCGGAGCGCAUAGCUACUACGUGCACCGCCUCGUUGCCGCUGCGUUUCUGGAUCCUUCACAAGAUCCGCGGUGUUGGCAGGUAAACCACUGUGAUGGAAAUCCUUCGAACAACCAUGCGGCCAAUUUGCAAUACGUGACCCCUUCUGAUAAUUUGAAGCAUGCGUGGGCAACCAACUCGAAUCGGAAGUGUGCAGCCUCAAAGCUUGGCAAGGCGGUGGAGUGGCGACGGCUGGGAGAUGAGGCCUGGGUCUGGUGUGCAUCGCAAGCAAAGGCUGGAAGGCUUUUGGACGUAUGGCCGGCCUCGAUCUCCCAAGCCUGUCGAGGUUUGGUGAAGAAGUGUAGAAGCAAACUGGGCGAUGAAGUGUACGAGUUCAGGAGACCUGAACAUGUCGACCGUGGCGACGCUCCCUCUGAUGAGAUCUGGCGACACGCUGCAUACGUCGGUGAUCAUGCUGACCUCAUUUGUAACCUCAUGGUGAGCAGCCACGGACGGGUUUCACAGUGCUUACAUGGCAGAGACGUCAUGAGCUUUGGCACACGACGAAGAAACGGAUAUUUCGUGGUCACGAAGGGAGGACGGUACAUGCAGGUGCACCGCCUGGUUGCCGCAACAUUCCUCGGCCAACCAAGCUCGCCAGAGCUACACGUAAACCACAAAGACUUGAACCGCGGAAACAACCACGUGAACAAUUUGGAAUAUGUAACACGGUCUGAGAAUGUGAGGCACGCUUUCAUGCAUCGAGCAGGAUGGCAACGCCCAAGGAUUGGCAAAGCGGUCCGAGUACGACUUCGGUCAGGUACGGGGGCUUGGCAGGAGUUUGCCUCAAUCAAAGCUGCAGCCUCUUAUACAGGAUUGGAUCCAACACGGAUUUCUCUUUUAUGCAAUGGCCGAGAUGAUAAUGCAGGCUGGGAAGUCCGGUUUGCCUUUCAAAACACGUUCCCUGGUGAAGAAUGGCGACCCGUGCGGCUUGACGGUGCACGGUGUGCUCAGGUCAUGCCAAAAGGUCGUCGACAGGUCGAGGUACUGCAAUAG